AAUUCGCACUGAUCAACGGCUGAAAUCUCGUGCGGUACAUGGGCCCGCAUGGCCUUCCUCCUGUCAUCUUUGCUCUCGCUCCCUCACUAAGUUUGGGCCGAGCAGGAUUCUCUUGGAGCAGGGAGAGAGCCCAACCUCAUCCUUUAGCAGAAACUCCUGUCUCGAGCCUCUGAAAUCGUUGCGUUUUUUCGCCUUCCUCUGCUUUCUUCUCUCUCUCUCUCUCUCUCUCCACCCUGUCUAUGCAGGCGGACUCGCAUUCUAUCCAUCUACAAACGUGGCCACGCUUUUACACUGAAAGCAUUCAACGAGAGGAGAGACCCAGGACACGCUCCCCCCAGGUUCCCUGAAUUCCGAACUCAAUGCUCCAUGGAGUCUGCAAGGAACUUGCUUUCCUCUUCUUCCUCUGCUCCUCCGUUCCCUCGGAGGGUCCUCUCCAGAAACUCUCUCCCCUCUGCCUCUUCAGUUCUCUUGUUUCAUGAGCAAGGGGCCGUUCCGUCUGUGCCUUCCCCAACGAGGCCUCGAGCUAUUACUAUGUCCGUGCCCUUGCAGGAGCAGCGAAUUGAGUACAGGCCUCUCUUGCACGUUAUCCAAGAUGACACGUCGUUACAGGUGUCGAGAAACAGGAAGCAGGUGGAGACUGGGCUGGUGACUUUGAGAGAUAAAAGUCUUGAUGAGUCUGAAAGUUUAUUCAAAGAUAUUGAGUAUCACUAUCGUUGCUGGCCUGGCUUAUGGUAUCUAUUGCCAUCAAUAACAACUAGGGAUAAUCAAUACUCGAACGUGCAGUCAAUCACAAUCAAUCCAAAGAAGCUUACUGACAAUGAACUGUCUAAUGUGGUUUCCCUUGCUAAAAAAGCACUGGAAGCUUCAAGGGAGGCAGCCUCAUUGGCAGACUCUAUGUUACUUGGGACUGAUCUUGAUGUUGCACUUUCUCCUAGUACAAGCACUGCAACUUCAGUCGAUAUUCAAAAGGAGGAAGUCAAAACUGUGAGAUCAACACGGCUACUUGAGAGGCAAUCUAAAAGGAGGAAGGUGCCAAAGCCAAAAGGUGUGGUUACUGGGUACAAGAGUUCCAAAAAGCUAGAUACUAAAAGAAGACUAAAUGAUGGUUUUGAUCCUAAUGAUCCUCUUCGAAUGUUCUUGUGGGGACCUGAAACUAAGCUACUCUUGACAUUUGAAGAAGAGUCAGAGUUGAUUCUUAAAAUACAGGAUCUACUUAAAUUAGAGCAAGUGAAAACAAGGCUUCAGUCUCAGUCUGGCCGCGAGCCUACCCUGCUUGAAUGGGCUGAAGCCAUUGGCAUAAGCUGUCAGGAUUUGCGGUCUCAGCUUCAUUCUGGAUACAGUUGUCAGGAAAAAUUGAUUAACGCCAACUUACGUCUGGUUGUUCACAUUGCCAAACAAUAUCAGGGUCGAGGUCUCAGCCUACCAGACUUGCUGCAGGAGGGAAGUAUGGGUCUUAUGAAGAGCGUCAAGAAGUUCAAACCCCAGGUGGGCUGCCGGUUUGCCACUUAUGCUUACUGGUGGAUAAGGCAGGCAGUAAGGAAGGCCAUAUUUCAAAAUUCCAGGACAAUACGUUUGCCGGAAAGUGUGUAUGCCCUCCUCGGCAAGGUGAAGGAAGCAAAGAGAUCUUAUAUUCAAGAGGGACAUCACCAUCCAAGCAAAGAACAAGUAGCUAAACGUGCUGGAAUUUCAGUCGACAAGUUGGAAAAUCUAGCAUCUACUACAAGAACACCCCUCUCACUGCAACAACCUGUGUGGGCAGACCAGGAUACCACCUUUCAGGAGAUAACCGCAGACACAGGGGUUGAGAUCCCAGAUGUAAGUAUUUCUAAGCAAUUAAUGAGGCGACACGUGCGCAACCUCCUAAGCACGCUCAGCCCUAGGGAGAGGCGGAUCAUCAAGCUAAGAUAUGGCAUCAGCGGCGGUGAAGAGAGGUCUCUCUCGGACAUCGGAAACAUCUUUGGUCUGUCAAAGGAGAGGGUGAGACAGCUGGAGAGUCGAGCGCUGUACAAGCUGAAGCAAUGCCUCAGCAGCCAUGGCCUUCAUGCGUAUAGUCAUUUGAUUAUAUAAUCAUAUCGGUCUUGAGUGACAUAUUCAGCAUUAACGGAUCGUGAUUCAGAAGAGUAAAUCUUGACCGAAGAUUUUUAUGAGCAGGUAAUGCAUCGAUUUUCUCGAAAAGCAUGGCUACGACCUAUGUUUAAGAUCUCAGCACUGCGACAAAUCUGGGUAAAUUUCUGCAUCAUUUAUAUUUUUAAGAUUCAAAGUUGUAAUUCGUUUGUAUAUUCUUGUAAAAGCUAUGAAUUUUCUGAUUAUGGAUGUCACUAUCACUAUUGGAAAGGUUUCUUAUUUCUUUUCUCGAUAAA